CUCGCUCAAUCGCGGGGCGCUUAGCCAUCGCUGCCUAAUCAGCGGUCGAGUGUUGUACUGAACAGCUUGCCUUUCUGUCCACAUCUCCAAUUCCAUCCCACCACCUCCUCCUAAUCAUCAUGGCGGACGCACCGCCAGCCGCACCUAUCGCCGACGCAGCGCCACAGGCGGCGGCAGCUCAGCCAGCUGCUGCCGCUGCGACCAACACGACCAACACCACGGCCAAUCGGGGUCAGCGACCUGAGGGUCCACCUUCAGGAGCAGCCAACAUCAUGUGCAAGUGGUGGGCUCAAGGCUUUUGCGCUCGAGGUGAAGAGUGCUGGUUCAAGCAUGGAGUCGUGGCCGACCCACCGCCACAGGAACCUGUGGCCUUGACAGCCCCCCGUGCCAGGCGCCUCACCGCUUCAGCUCGUGUCUUCCAGCCAGCAGCAGCCUCAGCAGCCUCAGCAGCCUCAGCAGCCACAGCAGACACGACAGACGCACCCACAAACGACACCAUUCCAUCACCACCUAUCUCGCCGGACGCCAUCCUCGAGCCAACAAAGGAGCAGCCCCAGUGUCACAUCUGCCUCCACGACACGCCAGCCACCUACGGACUCCUCGAAGGCUGCUCCCACGCCUAUUGCCUCUCGUGCAUCCGUCAAUGGCGCGAUACACGCGUACCACCAUCCGAAGACGACGACGACUUCAGCGAGGGCAACAACCGCAAGACGUGUCCACUCUGCCGCAAGCAGUCUCUCUACAUCAUCCCUUCGUCCGUCUUCCACUCAGCCGGCCCGGCAAAGGAUGUCGCUACAGCGCGCUUCAAGGACGUGGUAGCCAAGAAGCCCUGCAAGCAUUUCGAAGCUACCAAGGGCACAGCUAGAGGCCCCUGGUGCCGCUACGGAGAUGAGUGCUUCUAUGCUCACGUGCUCAAGGAGGGGGAAGGACGCUACGAAUUCGGCGGCGGAUUCAAGUACAUGCUCAAGAGAGGAGAAAAGGAUCGCAAGGCUAGAGAGCAGCGACAGUGGAGAGCACACGUGGGAGACAUGGUCCGUCGCAACCGUCUCGAGCGUGCUAUGAGGGCCAGGCGCGGUGCUCCACUCGGUGGUCUGCGGCCUCAGGCGGCGAGGGCACAGGACAACCCAGUCGCUCUUGCCGCAGCUCGAGAGAUUGCCGCCGCCGCGGCCCUUCCAGUCGCUCCAGCUGCCCCCGGCAACCGCAAUGACCUUCGAGACGGCGGUCUGGACCCUCGCCACGAGCCUGCGACCGAAAUCGACGCCCUAGCCAUGCUAGCCGUGAUACACGCUGGUCUGGACGCGGCGCGUGGGGGCCUGGAUCCGCUUCGAGGCUCCUACGAGCAAGGCGACGAGCUCCGUGCCAAUGCCGAGGCUCGAGAACGAGCUGCUAUAGAACGAGGCGAACCACCCCGACUCGAGGAGGACAUUCGUAGAAUGAGGCAAAUGCUCAACGACGCCCCUGCCAUUCUCCGCGGCGAUCUGGAUGCAACCUUCGGCCCUCAGCCUCGAGUGGACCCGGACCUGGCUCUGCGUGCUAUGGCGGACAAUGGGCGUCAACUGGCCCUGAUCGCUCGGGAAGUUGCGUGGGGCAGGCAUCUCAGAGCGGCACUAGCAGCGAACGCAGGAGAUGCUCGAGCUGUCGUCGAGAGAGCACAGGCAGAAGUAGAGUUCGAACGUCAGGAUCAGCAACGGGCAGGAAGAGACGAUCGACAGCCAGACGAAGCCGUCAGACGGCGUCACAUAGCCACCAACCGCCGCGUAGCAGUAGCGGAAGCCUUUGAUGCAGCCGCAGCGACCGCUGGCCACGCUGGUGCCCCCAGAGCAGCAGAAGCAGAACCAGCGCCACCAGCAUCUCCCCCACAAAGCAGCCGUCGCUCGCAACGUCGUCGUGCUCAGCGAGCCUACCGUCGCGAGCAAGAGGCCUUAUUCGGGAGUAAUCGUGGAGAUCGUCCCCGCACCAUCUCAAACGACCGGCAACGCCCUGCUAUACCUACCGCUGCGGGCACAUUCGACGACCUCGACGAUGAUGCAGACUGGUACGACGAGGAGGACGACCUCGACUUUGAGUCUGAGUUCGACAUGCACGGCUUGGGGGACCGCUACGAGCAGCGAAUUCAAGAGCUGUGGAUGUACGGCUACCGCUUCGAUGAGGACCCAGACGAAUACGAGGCCAUGCUCUACGAGGCAGGCGUCUUUGUCGACGACGGUGGGUGGGAUGAGGAUUUCUUUUUCUAGGCGCCGGCGACGGAAGCGGUCAUGUUGGCUACAGUGAUCGACACUCUCGACGAUUAAAUUACGCAUACCUGGCAGACGCACACUGAGCGCCUGUCGACGCUCUCUGGCUAUCUGGCUCGCCUUCUCUUCCCUCCAUCCAGCAUCACAUCAUGUAUUUUCUCUACUCUAUGCAUUUUCUCUCUUUCCUCGCCUCCCUACCCAUCAAUGAUAUCCAACCUCAUACCCG